UUUAAAAGAAUAAAUUCGAAACAAAUUCGUACACAAAACCGCGAAAAAUAAAAAUAAACCGGUCGGAGUGUAUUUUGGAAGAAUUGAGAAUAUAUACAAAUUGCAUGACGAUUCUGAUUACAAAAUUAUAUUAAAUUUUCUUUCACCACUAGUCAAUGCAUUGUAUUUGCUAUUAGACGAAAAGAAGGUGAUUGAUAUAUAAAGCAUGGGUAUUCAAGGAUUACUGCCAUUCUUAAAGAAGAUUCAUGAGCCAGUGAAUGUAGCUCAGUUUGCAGGAUGUACAGUAGCAAUAGAUGCAUACUGUUGGCUUCAUAAAGGAGCAUUUUCUUGUGCAGAAAAACUUGCAUUAGGGGAGAAAACUGACCAGUAUGUAUACUACUGUAUGAAAUACAUAAAUUACAUGUUGUCAAAGAACAUCAAGCCAGUGAUGGUGUUUGAUGGCUGCCAUUUACCUUCAAAGAAAAAUGUUGAAAAAUCCAGAAGAGAGAAGAGAGAGUUGAACAAGAAGAAAGCAGCGCAAUUUUUACGUGAAGGAAAGCGUGCUGAGGCCAGAGAAUGUCUUCAAAGAUGUAUUGAUAUAACACCAGAAAUGGCUCUUGAGUUGAUGAAUACAUGUCGCGACCGUGGUGUAGAUUGUAUAGUGGCUCCUUAUGAAGCAGAUGCCCAAUUAGCUUACCUCAACAAGAUUGGUGUAGCUCAGGUCAUUAUUACGGAGGAUUCAGAUCUCCUGCUGUUUGGUUGUGAAAAGGUAUUGUUCAAGAUGGACCAUGCUGGGAAUGGCAUCCUGAUUGAACGUAAAAGAUUAAAUGAAGUGACAGACAUACAGUCGGGACAUUAUUUAUUUGACAAGUUCCGGUACAUGUGUAUAUUGUCCGGUUGUGAUUACCUACCGUCCCUUUCCGGUAUAGGAUUGGCAAGGGCUAACAAAGUGUUUAAGAUUGCCAGACAAGCGGAUAUUAAACAGUUACUUAAGAAGUUACCUACCUACCUCAAGUCUAGUAUAUCAGUACCUCAAGAAUAUAUAGAUGGCUUUGUUGCUGCCAACAACACUUUCCUGUAUCAAUUUGUCUACGACCCCCUGCAGAGACGGCUGGUUCCUCUUAAUCCAUAUCCACAAGAUGUAAACCCAGAUGAACUUUCAUAUGCUGGUUCCCCUUUUCCUGCAAAGAAAGCUUUACAGAUAGCAUUAGGAAAUGUCAAUAUCUACUCUGGUGAAAUAUUUGCAUCGUUUGAUCCAGAAACUUUUGUGCCAAAAUAUGUGAAAAAGAAGCCUCAGAUGUUACACAUGUUGAGUAUAUGGGACAAGAACUACAGGGUGAAACCAAGAGUUCCCCUACACGAGACCCAGGUAGCUGACAGACCUAAUCUGAAAGGCAAAGAAAUCACAGUAAAGGCAAAUUUGAAGAAAAGAAGUCCACACAAGAGAGUGAGAGAAGUUGAGGAUGCACAAGAAGUGAAAUCUAACACGGAACUUUAUGAUAUGUACCACUCACCUGUAAAAAAGAGGGCAAGAGUUGCCAAUAUUGAUAGAAAUGAUGAUGAAGAAAAACCUGAAGAGGAAUUUAAACCUGAUCCUAAAAAUAGCCCUCGGUUUUUUAACUCUCUGUCUGAGGCUCAUCCUGAGGUCAAAGUUGAAUCUGAAAAUGAAACUGACAACGAUGUAGAUCAAGAAAAUAUUGUAUCACCACGAAGAAAUAUUUUUGCAAGCAAAUCACCAUCAAAGAGGCCAAGGUUUAACCUUAAUGCACCGAAGCCAAAGCAAUUAAAGAGUCGAUUUUUUGCAAACAAUAGUAUUAGCAAGACUGAAGAUUCUGCGUUUUCUAAAGGUGAAAGUGGUAAAUCAUCUCCGAAAAAUGAAGGGUUAUCAUCAUUAUACAAACCUGUACACAGUAACACAGCUAAUGUGUAUUCAUCAGUUACUCAUCACGCUAGUAAUGACUCAGAAGUUGCUCAAGAUCCUAAAAAAGACUUGGAAAAACAAGCAUCAGAUGAAAGUGAUCUAAGUUCUGUGUCUAUAACAGAAGUUUCAAAGCAUCAUUUUAAAUUCUCAGAUGCAAAGGGAAAUAACUCUCCAAAGUCUUCUCCGAAAGGUGGAUCAGCUUUUAAGUGGUCUAAAUUCAAGUUUAAUAGGACCAGUAGCACAGACAGUUUAUCAGUAUCUCAUAAAAAUUCGAAAGAAGUCAAAAAUCCAUUCAAAAAAGUAGUGUAUUCUAAUCAGCCAAAUCGAAAACAGUUAAUGAUAAAAGGAGGAAACUCAGAAAGUCAAACUGUGGUGCUGAUUGAUUCAGAUGAAGAUUCUACAUGUGGCCUCCAGAUCCCAGCACCUUUUCCACGGACUGAAAAGAUUGGUGUUUCGUCUGCAACUAACAAAGGAAAGACAAAGUCUGGCUGCAGGGUUUCAGGUUUGUCUAAACGGUCAAAGAAAUCGUCUUCAAGUCAAGAUACCAGCAACAAGCAGCACAACCUUAAGGACAUGUUUGCCAAGUUUGCCCAUAAUAAAAGUGAGAAACCAAGAUUAAACCAUGAUACCAUUGACUGUGACAAAGAUGAUGCUUUCACUCCAGAAACAAAAUCAUACCCUACUAGCAAAAAUACCAGUGUCCAACGAGUUCUGAUGAAAUAGACUUUCAGGCUAGUGCUGAAUAAGACUUGCAGGCAUGGAAAUGUUUUGAAAAGUUACUGAAAAAGUAGAUGAAGGUGUUGGAAAACAAAUAAAAUUUCAAAUUGAAUGGUGACAGAAAUUUGUUCUUAGCAUAGACGAAAGGCUUAUCCUAUGUUAUAUUAGACAUAAAUUAGUCUAAGGAGAUUGUUAUUGAAUAUUAUAGGAGUCAAAUUGAAAAGCUGGCAUUUGUUAAUACUAAUAAGUGUCAUUUAAACUUAUUUUUACACUACUUUUGGUUGCUAUGGCAACAGAAUUAGUUUAUACUGGUAGAAUAAGGUAGUGGUAGAUAAGAGGUGAUUUACUGAAAUGAAAUAUCACUAUUGGAGAAAAAUGGGUUUUGAAUAGAUUAAAAAGUUUUUAUUAUGCAGUUUUAAAUGAAAUUGAGUUUCCUUUUGAGUUUAAGUGAUUUUUAUUUUGAUUCAAAGCAGCUUCUCAAUUAAAUAAUUGAAUUAAUAGCUAAUCACCUUUGGAAAAAAUAUACAUGUGCUACUCAUGACAGGUGUAAAUUGAAUUUUUAUCUGCAUGCUGUACAGUUAUAUAUAGAAAUAUAAAAAUUUUACAGUACAUGUU